AUGGUGUAUUGCAGGAAUGCUGAAGAUCUUUUGAACAAAGUGAAGAAAUUAUUUGGAGAGCCCAGUGAGAAAAAUGAGGAUCUCAAAAAUGAAGUCUGGGACAAGUUAACAAACUACCACACCAAUGUUGACGAUGCUCGAGAUCUGCUAAGAGAUGCUAUGAAUAAAAUUAGAGAGGCUAAUUAUUUAUCUGCGGUCAACAAAAAUAACUUGACCAUGGUAGAGAAAAAGAAGCAAGCUGUAGAAGAUGGCAGGCAAGGUGUUGAGAAGAGUCUGCAGGAAGGGAAUGAUAUCCUUAAUGAAGCCAACAACCUCACAAAUGACAUCAACAUAGCUGUAGAGUACGUGGAAAGUGUUGCAGAUAAGAUACAGUCAAUGUCUGAUCAGCUGAAGGAUAAAAUAGAUGAUUUAUCACAAGAAAUUCAAGACAAAAUGCUUCCAGAAAAGGUAUUACAAGCUGAGAACCAUGCAGCGCAGCUGAAUGAAUCAUCUGCAAUACUGGAUGGAAUCCUUGCUGAAGCCAAAAACCUUUCUUUCAAUGCCACGCUUGCUUUCAAUGCUUAUACCAACAUCAAGGAUUACAUAGAUGAAGCUGAAAAAGUUGCCAAGGAAGCCAGGGCUCUUGCAAAUGAAGCUAUGCAAGCGACAUCUGGUCCUCAAGGAUCAUUGAAGGAUGACGCCAAGAGCUCUCUUCAGAAAAGCAUCAGGGUCUUUAAUGAUGCCAUGGUGUUAGAAAAUGAUGUUAAAGAAAAGAAGAUAACCUGGAGAGCAUGCAGAACAGACUGAAAGAUGCUGAUGAGAAGAAUUCUAUUCUCCUGAAAACUUUGAAUGAAACCUUUGGGAAGCUCUCAGCCAUUCCUAAUGAUACAGCUAUAAAGGUACAGGCAGCUAAAGACAAAGCAAGACAAGCCAACGAUUCUGCAAAUGAUGUCCUGGCCCAGAUUAAAGACCUCAACCAGAAUCUCCUUGGCUUGAGAAACAACUACAGUCAGCUUGCAGAUGAUGUGGCAAAAACAAAUGCUGUUGUGAAGGACCCUAUCAAGAACAUUGCUGAUGCAGAUUCUAGUAUAAAACACCUGGAAAAGGAGGCAGAUCGCCUACUAGAUAAACUCAAGCCAAUCAAAGAACUUCAGGAUAAUUUAGGGAAAAACAUUUCUCAGAUAAAAGAGCUGAUAAACCAAGCUCGGAAGCAAGCCAAUUCGGUAA